CAGCACAUGAAAAAACCUAUAUCACAACUCUUUGGACUCCUCUUUCUUUAUUCACAAAGACCAAUAAAAAAGAAAAAAAAAAGAUUCAAUCUUGAUCUGUGUUUUAUUCACAAAGACCAAGAAAAGGGGUAAAAGAUUCAAUCUUGAUCUGUUUUCUUGUCAAAUAAAAUCUAAAGUUUUGAUUUUUCUUUGUGGCAUUGUGUUAAAAUUGAAUUCUUGAUUUUGGGGGGAUAAGAAUAUGGGGUUUAAGGAAGAUGAAGCAAGUUCAUCAUCUCAUGUUUUGAGCAUCCCAAGAGAAGAUACACCACUUCUAGGCAAGAACCAACACCUUUCUUCUCCUUCAAAGACUUUUGCUAAUGUUUUCAUAGCUAUAGUUGGAGCUGGAGUUCUUGGUCUUCCUUAUACUUUCAAAAGAACUGGAUGGGUACUGGGUUCUCUCAUGCUCUUUAUAGUUGCCUUUCUUACCUACUAUUGUAUGAUGUUAUUGGUCUAUGCUAGGCGUAAGCUUGAAUCUCAUGUCAAAGCUGCAGCAAUCUCAUCUUUUGGUGAUUUGGGAUUUGCUGUGUGUGGACCUGUUGGUAGAAUGGCUGUUGAUGUUAUGAUUGUUCUCUCCCAAGCUGGUUUUUGUAUUAGUUACUUGAUUUUUGUGGCUAAUACUUUAGCACAUUUGUUUAAUUAUUCAGUUGCAAAUCCAGAUCCCAAAAUCUUUGGAAUUUCACUUAAAUCAGUGUAUAUCUGGGGCUGUUUCCCAUUUCAGUUGGGGUUGAAUUCAAUUCCCACACUGACCCUUUUAGCCCCUUUGAGCAUUUUUGCUGAUAUUGUUGAUUUAGGUGCUAUGGGUGUUGUGAUGGUUGAGGAACUGAUGAUUUACCUACAAAACAGACCUGUUAUUGAAAUGUUUGGUGGGUUCAAUGUGUUCAUCUAUGGUCUUGGCGUGGCUGUGUAUUCUUUUGAAGGGAUUGGUAUGGUUUUGCCUCUUGAAUCAGAGACAAGAAACAAGGACCAGUUUGGGAAAAUCUUGGCUUUGGCUAUGGCCUUGAUAUCUUUGAUGUUUGGUGCUUUUGGAGUAGUUGGUUAUUUUGCUUUUGGUGAAGAUACUAAGGACAUAAUCACUACUAAUCUUGGGGGAGGAUUGCUUAGCACCUUUGUUCAGAUAGGCCUUUGCAUAAACCUAUUUAUCUCUUUCCCACUGAUGAUGAAUCCAGUGUAUGAAAUAAUGGAAAGGAGAUUUUGUGAAGGCAGUUACUGCUUGUGGCUGAGAUGGCUUGCGGUUUUGAUAGUGACAUUUAUUGCAUUAGUUGUACCAAAUUUUGCUGAUUUCUUGUCACUUGUUGGGAGCAGUGUAUGUGUUUGUUUGGGGUUUGUGUUGCCUGCUUUAUUUCACUGGAUUGUGUUCAAGGAUGAGCUGAGAUGGCAUGGUUUCGCUUUGGAUGGUGCAUUUAUGGUCAUGGGCUCAUGUUUGGCAGUCUAUGGAACCUAUUCUUCCCUUAUGGAGAUCUUUGCAAAAAAGGCUUAGUCUUUUUAAAAUAGCAUUUCAUAAGAUGUAUAUUGUGGGAUACUGGUCUAGAUUGAGUUCAGUUUACUGCUGAAGAGAUUGUCAAGCCAGAGAGUUAGUUCCCUGUUUGUUCUACUAGUAAUAAAAUUGUUAAGCAAUAUAUACACAUAUACAUGGCAAGUGAUAAGCAGCAUUGGUGUGUGAGGGUGUGAGAGUAAGUAAUAUUCAUGUAUGGUGAUUUAUGGCCUAUUUGGUUCUCUUUUUAAUACUGCUACUUGUUAUGUUAUGUACAUAAUAUUAUUUGGAUAGACCAAUUAUGAUCA